AUAUGGGCUUGUGGGGACGGUCCCCACCGGGAGAACCGUCGGAAUGUGCUUGCUGAGGUGGGCGACCUCGAUUGUUAAUUCCCUGCCACUCGGCACCGCUGUUGUGUGGUGUCAAAGGUCUCUGCCUGGGAGGACUUGGGUAAGAUGCGCGUGGAGGUUACUUCCUCCCAAGCAGAUCCGAGAGAGGGGUGCCUGGAUUUGUGUCUCUAUUCGUGGGCUCACGACUCAGAUGCCACCUGUGCCGUACUCUGGUGUCACACUCCUCACCUGAGCAUCUUAGACGUUGUCUUUCUGGUCGGAUUACAGCGCUUGCCUGUUCUGGCUUCCCGGACCUCAGGCUUCGAACUCGACGGGCCCUUUGGGUCCUUCUUUUUCUUUGGUGCUGGUGAUGGAACCCGGGGCCUCCGUCCUGCUAAGCACUGCACUCCACAGCUGAGCCCAGCCCUUUCAUUUUAUAAUGAGACUGAGACCUUAAAAGGUGAAUGACACUCCUAAGACCGCACAGUUGUGAAUCGUGGGACUUCCUGGCUCACAGCAGUACUCCUUCCAUCAUUUCAUGAUACAGUUUCAUUUCCCCUCUGAUGAGUUGUUUUGAUGCCUUCCCUCUCUUAAAUCCCACAGAGAUUGGUCUUAUCUCAUUUCUUCCUCUAGGCCUAUGGGUGCAGGUACCAGGAUCGCUUUCUUCCCCAGGGUUUUCUGCAGACCUUCUCAUGUUGGACAAUGUGAUUCAUUAGAAAAAGAGCCCCUCAUCCUCUUCCUAUCCAUGAGCCACUCUUCCUAACUGCUGUCCCACCAUCCACUGCCCUCAUGUCUGCUAUACUCCUGAAUCUGGAUUUUGGGAGAUCUCCACCCAAAAAGGCAUUGGAAGGAAAUGCCAAGCAUCAAAAGUUUGUUAAGAGGCGGCGGCUCUUGGAACAGAGGGGCAUUCUCAAUAAAAAGAAGCAGACUACUAGCAGGGUGCCUAAAUUACACUCAGAACCUCCAAAGAAAGGGGAAAAUGUGAGAGUAGAUGGUACUUGCAAGAUCCCUCCCCUUUCAAAAAAGAACACAGCUGCAUCCAGCAGUGGGUCAGGAUUGUCCCUGGACAAGAAAGCUGGAGUGUCUUGGCUGACCCCUGCUCCUUCAAAGAAGGCUAAUUCUGUUGCAGCUAAAGUAGAUUUGCUGGGGGAAUUCCAGAGUGCCCUUCCAAAGAUUCAGAGCUACCCAACUUGCUCCCAAAAGAAGACCCCCCAGAAGAAGAACCCUCCUCAGAACAAUGCCACACAGAAUUCCACCAGAGCUCACUCAGAGAGUAAAUGCUCUGGAAUAUCCCAGAAGUUUCCAGGAAAGAUGGUGGCAAUUGACUGUGAGAUGGUGGGCACAGGACCCAAAGGGCAUGUUAGUUCCUUGGCUCGAUGUAGCAUUGUCAACUAUGAUGGAGAUGUGCUUUAUGAUGAGUACAUCCUUCCACCCUGCCACAUUGUGGACUACCGGACCAAAUGGAGCGGUAUCUGCAAGAAGCACAUGGUUAAUGCUACACCCUUCAAGACCGCGCGGAGCCAGAUCUUGAAGAUACUCUUGGGGAAGAUAGUGGUAGGGCAUGCCAUCCACAAUGACUUCAAAGCCCUGCAGUACUUUCACCCCAAGUCCCUCACCCGAGACACCUCCCAAAUCCCCCUCCUCAACCGGAAGGCCAACUGCCCGGAGAAUGCCACCAUGUCUCUGAAGCGCCUCACCAAGCAGCUGUUACACCGGGACAUACAGGUCGGGAAGGGCCAUUCCUCUGUGGAAGACGCCCAGGCCACCAUGGAGCUGUACAAGCUGGUUGAAGUUGAGUGGGAACAACACCUGGCCCAGGAUGUCCCGAAAAACUAGCAGCUGUGGGGAGACAGGCUGCACCCAGGAGAACCAGGGCAGCAGGUCCAUGCCUGCCUCCGCUCGCUUCACACCUGUGGAAGCUGGACUUGCUGGGGAGACACUCUCCUCCCCAGACCUAAUAUCCACUGAAAUCUCACCUCAGCUCUGUGUCCUGUAUCUGGUUAAGUGUCCCAUGGAAGCAGGAGACCUUCACGUCAGAUUCCAGCCCUGGAUUGCUUAUAUGGUGCUAACCACGGGUCCCAGGGUGCUUUGUGCCAGUCAGGCUUUUUGGUUUCCAGGGCAGGGCAUACUGGGAAAUGUAGUUUCCCACAUUGCCUUAUCACUAGGGUGGCCAUAAGUCUCUUGUUUUUUAGAGACAGGUUGGGGUUGGGGGGUCGUCCAGGUUAACCUCAAAUUCCUGGGCCCCAGCAAUCCUCCUUACCUCAGCUUCCUGAGUCGCUGGGACUGGAGGCCUGUGCUCCCAUGCCCAGCAUUUUUUAUUCUCAAGUAAUGAACGGCAUCCUUUCACUUUCAAAAGUGUCCUGAUUGGAUAUAGAAUGGUUGGUCACAUUGUGGAUCCCAGACCCUGCUUUUGCUGCAGAGUCUGCGUCCAGCCUGCUAGGGUGCCACCUACCAACUUUGAGAAGAGCCACUAUUAGUGAGGUUUUGUUCUUAAGCCUAGAAGACAGUGAGGUAAGAGUGUAGCUUAGAAAUCAACUUUCCUGAUUUAGAAAAGCAGUUUCUUACCUAGAAUAGUAGAGGAUUUAUUUAAUUUAGGUUCUUAGAAGGUUGAAAAUGAGUUAACCUGGUUUUAAUGUUUUUGUUUUCUGUUUUUAGUCUUUUACCUUUGCUAAACCAAGCGUCUAAAACUCAGAUGAUCUCUUUGAUAAAUUUUUAUAAUGGAAAA